UAGGUCACCAAAGAAAGUAUAUCUUCGCCAUCCAGAGAAACGUAAUUUCCAGAUUCGCCAUUCUGAGAAACGUUAUUUCCAGAUUCGCGUCCAGAGAAACGUGAUUUCCAGAUCUCCAAUCCUGGAUCUUCUCCGAACGAAAACAGCUGUAUUGUAGACUGGGGUAAAAUUAGUUUCAGUGUUAAUGAUGUUGAGAAUUAUAACUAUUUGUGGUAACGUGUCAGAGCGCUCCAAAUUGACUUAUAGAUAAUAGUUUUUUUAUUGGAGAGGAGCUGGUAGCGGAUCAAUUCCCCGUCUGUGCGCACUGCACCCUAUUUACUAUGGCAAAAAAGUUGAAUAAGUUAUCUCUAUUGACUGUUUUACGUUCUACAAGUUUUUGCAUCGUUUUGGGGAAUCUGGCCAAUGCUGAGCAUCAUGGGAGUCCCUAUGUUUACCGUGUCUCUGGAGGACCUGGUCGUGGCCGAGGCACUGUCUCCCCCAGCAUGCCAGGACGUCAGGUUCGCUCCACCGUACCUCCCGAGACCCUCAUCAUACCAGCCCACAGCACGAGGGUCCACCUCAGCCAGGAUGACAUCAAGAAGCUGAGGUUCAAGCCCACGGUGGGAUCGGUGCACCUAUCAGAGGGGCACGACGCCAAGUUCAACUGCUCCAUCGAGGUCCCUGACAGCCACCUGGACCUCACCGUGCUGUGGUGGAAGAACACCAUGGAGCUGGCUGAAAACCUGCAGGUGGUCAUCAACGAAUUACAGACCGUCACACACGGGUUCAUGACCCUGCUGUCCACUGUCAGCAUAACUCGUGUGCAAAGAGCUGACGCUGGGGAUUACCGCUGUAGACUGAGAGUCCGUGACAUAGAGAUAGAGUCCCAGCCUAUCAGCAUUCAGGUCGAAGGUCUACCAACGUUCACUAGACACCCAGAUGACAUGAACGUAACUUGUAACAGCCCCUUUAACCUGUCAUGUGAAGCGGUGGGUCCCCCGAAUCCUAUCACAAUCCGUUGGCUACGCAACGGAGUUCCUGAGAUGGGGUACCUUACCUCCCGCAGCAACUACACUGUACCAGGUGUGGACAAGUAUACCCAGUUCAACUGUGAGGCACGCAACAAGAAAGGUGUCACAACUUCCAGGGAGGCUAACAUCAACAUUAAAGUGCUUCCAGCUCCUGUCUCUGAUGUCACAGUGAUACAACAUGAAUCUAACAAACUAGUUCUGAGUUGGACCCCUGGACACGAUGGAUUCUCCCCACUCACUAUCUGCCAGAUCAGAGUGAAACAGGUCAGCCAGAGGAGAGGAGAGGUCAGGCUGGCUCGGAUCAUCAACACUACAGCUCCUCCUUUCCAGUGUGAUGUCCCGGGGUUACAGGCCAUGACCUGGUACAACAUUAGUGUCUCCUGUAGCAAUGAGCUCGGCCAAUCGCCAGUCAGUACCUGGGUCCAGAGCAACACUACAGAAGGAGUACCCUCAGUCUACCCCCACAACGUGACUGUUCAGCUCAACGAGUCAAUGCUGGUGAUCCAAUGGAACGCCCCGCCUCUGGACAGGGUCAACGGAAUCCCCAUGGGGUAUGAUGUCAUCGUCACGUAUGGGACGCGGGUCAACAAUAUCCACAGCUCCUCCAACACUGCCGCUGUGGCCCUACAGGAGUUCAACACUACAUACAGUGUUCAGGUAGCUGCCGUUACUCAGGCUGGGCGUGGCUUGCUCAGUCCACCGGUUAGGAUCUUUGUACCAGAGAGCAGUUGGCUCCUGUUUCCCUCCUCCAGUCCAAACACCAGAGGAUCAGACUCUGUGUACAUUGUACUAGGGGUGGUGUGUGGCUUCUGUCUCCUGCUGCUAGUAUUCUGGGCUGCUAUCUGCAUGAGAGGCCAGAUACUAGACACACGCUUUGGUCAGAUGUUUGGAAGGGCAGAGAAGCUUCCACCCAUCGUCCAGUACAGGCCCCAGAGGUCCUACAACCGAUCAGCCAUUGAAAUCACACUUGGUAACCUGGGUGUGAGUGGAGAGCUCCAAGCCAAACUACAGGACUUCAUGAUUAUGAGAAAUCUGCUUUCCAUCGGGAAGGUUCUGGGAGAGGGUGAAUUUGGCUCUGUGGUGGAGGGACGUCUGAAACAACCUGACGGAGCGUCUGAGAAAGUGGCUGUGAAGACCAUGAAACUGGAUAACUUCUCCCAGAGGGAAAUAGAGGAGUUCCUGAAUGAGGCUGCCUUCAUGAAGGACUUUGACCACCCUAAUGUCAUCAGGCUGCAAGGUGUUUGUCUGGAGGCGAGGUCUGGUCACUUCCCCAAGCCCAUGGUUAUCCUGCCCUUCAUGAGAUAUGGAGACCUCCACAGCUUCCUGCUGCGCUCACGCCUCGGAGACAGUCCAUUGUUCCUGCCCACUCAGACGCUCCUGAAGUUUAUGAUUGACAUCGCCAUGGGGAUGGAAUACCUCAGUGGACAGAACUUCCUCCACCGCGACUUGGCUGCACGCAACUGCAUGCUGCAUGAUGACAUGACGGUGUGUGUGGCAGACUUCGGCUUGUCUAAGAAGAUCUACAGUGGUGAUUACUACAGACAGGGCAGGAUAGCGAAGAUGCCUGUGAAAUGGAUUGCAGUGGAGAGCCUGGCCGACAGAGUCUUCACUGUAAAGAGUGAUGUGUGGGCGUUUGGUGUGACCGUGUGGGAGAUAUCGACGCGGGGCAUGACGCCGUACCCUGGCAUCCAGAACCAUGAGAUUUAUGACUACCUACUGGAGGGCCACAGGCUGAAGCAGCCAACUGACUGCCUAGAUGAACUGUAUGAGAUCAUGUACAGCUGUUGGCGUACUGACCCCCUGGACCGCCCCAUCUUCACUCAGGUAAGAGAACUGUUGGAGAAGCUGACAGAGAAACUUCCAGAGGUUUCUACCAGCAAAGAGAACAUCAUCUACAUCAACACCAGUUUCGCCGAGGAGGAGCAUGGGGUUUGUGCAGACCCCCACCUAGAUUUGCCGCUUUUUAGCACCUCCCCUUCCUGCAGUCAUAGCAACCAAUUCAGCCCCUCCCCUUCCUGUUGCCACCCAUUUAGCUCCUCCCCUUCCUGCAGCCAAGCGAGACCGGACCUCCCCCUUUUCAGUUCCUUCUCUUCCUGCAGUCAAAGUCAGAGACCAAAUAACAGAUCUGGUGACAGCAGACAUCCACGAGAGUAAGGAAGAUGAUCGUUACGUUGUUGUCAUCUCUAAUGCCAAUCGGAGUGGAGACCCCGCUGUCGCCAAGACCGCAGCAACAGCAGCAGCUGUGGACAGUGACACUCCCCCGUUCUCGAAGGAGGGCUUGGGUGGGGCUGUGCGUGGAGCUACCCGUGACUCAGUGGGUGAUGUCACUGGAAUGGAGCAGCACGCGAGUGACACCACGCUGUUACUCUGAAGGGCAUGGAACAUUGGGACUAGAAAUCCAGGGAUUUUAAAGCAGAAAAGAAAAGCUCUCUCUCAGGUGUCAUAACUGAUGAUAAUACACAUCCUUCUUGUCUGCACUCUGAUCUGUUGAGGACAUUAUAGGUAUGGUAAUGACCCGGCCGGUGAUAAGCACGAUUACCGCAUGAUUACCGCCGGUAACGUGUCCGGCUCUGGACUCUAUGCUACUGGGUUCGAAUCAUGCCUCGGAAUAUCAUGCUACUCCUUCAUUUUAUUCCAGUAUGAAGAGAUGUUACUGAGGAUCAUGAGCACAUAGGCUUCCAACUUGGUGCAGCAUGUGCAGUCUUGAGUUGCCACCCUUCCAAGUCCUGUUUCACCAAGGAUCUGCCCAGUUCCCAUAGAAAUGGAAUACCUAUGUAUGAUUCUGUCUUCUGGCAUUAUUAAAACAGUAUUACAGGCUUGUCUAUUCCCUAAUGCUUUGCAUUGAAGUUAUUCUGACCAGUUUUUCGGUGGAUAUUUAUACCUCAAAUAGUUACCACUAGCUAUCAGUGUGCAAGAGAUGUACAUAAGAUAUUCUACAUUUGCACAUCUCUCAUAGUAUACAGCAUUUCCAAUGAGAUAAGCUUUGCUCACAAAUUAAAUCAGUGUAUCCCUAGCAAAUAUUUUCCCUCCUGCAGCAAAGCACCCCCACAACAUGAUGCUGCCACCCCUGUGCUUCACGGUUGGGAUGGUGUUCUUCGGCUUGCAAGCAUCCCCA